AUCGUAAAAUAUUCAAGGUAAGCCAAUUCUGUUCCGCUGUACCCCAUUUUAAACCCUCGAAAAUCGAUCCACCCUCAGCGAGCCCCAUGGCGAUGGCAAAGGCCGCCUCAAAGAUGCUUCCAUGUGGGCUUCUGGCAUCUAGAAGGCUGAGCGUAGAGACGAUGCUGGUGGAUUCAAUGGCAGUAGCUGAAACAGCAACCUUGCCAGAGUUCAAGCCUCUAUAUCGUCGUCUUUCAGGUCUGGGCGCUACACCGGGAGGGAGUGUAGCAGAAAUAUUGAAGGAGUGGCAGAGUGAGGGUAAGAGAGUGACGGAGUCCCAGCUCCUGAACUUUGUUCGCCAAUUGCGCCGUUACAAGAGCUAUAAAACAGCUUUGGAGCUGAUGGAUUGGAUGGAUGCAAAUGGCAUUAAACUGUCCUCUUGCAGUCAUGCCGUGCACCUAGACAUUGUUGCAAAAUUUAAAGGAAUUGAUGAAGCAGAGAAGUAUUUUGCUAACCUCCCCGAAAUUAGCAAGAAUCAACAAACAAAUGGAGCUCUGCUAAGUGGCUAUUGCCAAGGAAAAAUGUCUGAUAAAGCCAUUGCCCUCUUCAACAAGAUGAAAGAACAGAACAUCAGCUGCAACACUCUAACCUACAAUAAUCUGAUGUCACUUCACAUGAAGUUAGGGAAUCCUGAGAAGGCCCCUUCAUUAUUGCAAGAAAUGAAGGUAGCAAAUGUUUCUCCUGACGCCAUCACAUACUGCCUUCUGAUGAACAGUUGCAUCUCCCGGAAUGAUAUUGACUCCCUUGAGAGUUUUGUGAGGGAGAUUGAGAAAGAUACCAAGGCUCUGAGUUGGUCAAUAUAUUCUAACAUGGCUUCCCAUUUUAUAGCCGCUGGUCUCUUUGAGAAAGCUGAAUUUGCUCUCAAGAAACUGGAGGCAGUCAUGGACAGUCAUGAUCGAGCAUGUUACCAUCAUCUUAUAAGCAUGUUUGCAAGUGUGUGCAAUCUAUCUGAGGUCAUUCGGGUGUGGAAAUUACAAAAGAAUGCCUUCCAAAAAACAACCAAUAGAAGCUUCCUGAUCAUGAUUCAAGCUUGUGUAAAACUAGAUAAAAUGGACAUGUUAAAAGAUUGUUAUGAUGAGUGGCAAUUUAUGCAUCUGAGCUAUGACAUUAGGCUGCCAUUUAUAGUGAUGAAUGCUUACAUGAGGAAGGAUAUGAUUAAGGAAUUUGAGUUAGUUUUAGACAAUGUUAUUGAGAGGGGCUAUGACAAUGAUUGCUUUACAUGGGAAACAUUCAUUGGAUAUAAUCUGAGGAGAAAUGAGGUUGAUUUGGCUUUGAAGAGUUUUAAGCUUGCAAUUUGUUGUAAUAAACCACAUCAAUGGAGUCCAAAAAAGGAGUUGGUAAAGGAAUUUCUCAGAUAUUUUGAGGUAGCAAAAGAUGUGGAGAGAGCAGAGACUUUCUGCAAAAUCCUUAAGGAUGUUGAUAAUGUCGAUUUGGAUGCAUAUGAAUUGAUGGAUUGGAUGGAAGGUCAACAAUUAGGUGGUAACCAUGCUGUGCGCAUAGAUCUCCUGUCGAAACUCAAAGGAAUAGGCAUGGCUGAGGAGUAUUUCUACAGUAUUCCUGAAACUGCAAAGAAUCAUCAAACCUACGGUGCUCUUCUUAGCUGCUAUUGCUCUGAGAAGUUGAAGGACAAGGCCAUUUCCAUCCAUAACAGAAUGAAGGAAUUAGGUCUGGCAUCAAGUGCUCUAGCUUAUAACAAUGUCAUGAGCCUAUAUAUGAAGUCAGGCCAGCCUGAAGAGGUCAGGAGACUAUUUGAUGAAAUGAAAGCGACCAAAACCUUCCCAGAUAAGUGUUCGUACAAGAUUUUAAUAGAAAGCUACGCUUUACUGAAUGAUUUAGAUUCUAUCGAAAGCAUUGUACAAGAAAUGGAAGUUAAAGAAGGUGCCUGGCAUUGGUCACUAUAUUGUCACCUGGCCGCUAUUUACAAUUCAGCGAAACAUUUUGAAAAAGCUAGGAUUGCUUUAAAGAAAGCUGAACUUAUGAUGAAUGGGCGAGAUUCAUCUCCAUUCCCCUUUCUUAUAAGCUUAUAUGCAGCUGCUGGUGAUCUUCUGGAAGCGAAAAGAGUGUGGGCAUCACUGAAUGCCAGGAUUCAGAAGUCUCGGUUUCCUACCAACAAGGAAUACCUUGUCCUGCUUCAGGCUCUUAAAAAAUUGCAUGACGUUGCUGCAUUGAAGGUGUUAUUUGAGGAGUGGGAGUCCAAUUGUGUCAGUUAUGAUAUGAAACUUGUGAAUGCGGUUAUUGGAGCUUAUUUGGAAAAGCAUAUGGUUGAAGAAGCUAUACAGCUUCUGGAAAAGGCUAUGGAGGAAGGAGCGCAUUUGGUCCUCAAGUCAUUUUGGUUGUUUAUUGAUCACUACAUCAAAAAGGGUGAAAAGGAUCAGGCGAGGAGGUGGUCGGUUGCAGCUUCUAGUUUAGUGAAGAGAGGUCAUUCAGGUGGACUGGAAUUAUUACGAAUGAUUACAUAAUUGAGUGUUACGAAUGAUUACGUAAAUGAGUUAAUAAACAGGUUAAAAAAUUGAGUGUUUAA